CCCCUGCCUCUUUUAGCUCGACUCAAAAUGCUGCAUUUUCAUCUGUUGGUCUGAAGCGGAGAGCAGGGGUGUUUUUUUUGACAGCUGUAUUACUGCUGAUAAGCAGGACUCUGCGAGCUGAUCAAGUAGUGAGACAAGCUUCCAGAGAAGCCGGAGCGGCACAGCACAGCAGCACUAGUCACUAGCAGCAGUGGCCGUCAGCAGCAGCAUAGCAGCAGCAGCUCGAACAGCAGCAACAGCAACUCUCCCCCUCGUGCCUUUUUUUUUCUUCUUUGUGGAGUUGUAAUCUUGUUCUGAGGACAACGGCCAGGGAAGACGGGACAAGUGGAUCAGGGCUGAAAGCUGUCAUCGAAACAACCCCAAACGCAGACCUGGCUGCCCACAUGCCGAUCGAAUUUGUUUGCAAAAUAAAAUUUGCAGAGGAGGAUGAGAAGCAGAAAGGCAAACAGGAUGGGGACAAGGAGAGCCUGAUUGAGGAGAGCUGCACACCUCCAGCUAAGGACCUGGUCGGCUUUGCCAACUCCAGCUCUCUCCACGGGAUUAACCACAUAUUCGUCUCAGGGCGUCUGGGCAUUCGGCAGACCCUCUGGGCACUUGCCUUUUUGGCUUCACUGGCACUAUUUCUGUACCAGGCGGCAAAGUGUGCCAUCUCAUACCUGGAGCACCCUCAUGUCACUUCCCUGAAUGAGGAGGCGAGCCCUGAGAUGGUCUUUCCCGCGGUGACCAUCUGCAACAUAAAUCGCUUUCGCUUCUCUGCUCUCACCGAUGCCGACAUCUACCACCUGGCCAACCUCACAGGUCUACCGCCCAAAAACAGGGAUGGCCACAAGCCGACUGAUUUGGACUACCCUGCGCCAGACAUGCAGGACAUCUUCAACCGGACGGGACAUCAGCUGGAUGAGAUGCUGAAGAGCUGCAACUUCAGCGGGCAGAACUGCUCCGCCGAGGACUUCUCUGUGGUCUACACCAGAUAUGGAAAAUGCUACACUUUCAAUGGGAACAAGUCGACGUCCAGGAAAACGAAACAAGGUGGAAUGGGGAAUGGACUGGAGAUUAUGCUGGAUAUUCAACAGGAUGAGUAUCUCCCAAUCUGGAAAGAGACAAACGAGACGUCUUUAGAGGCAGGGAUCCGUGUGCAGAUACACAGUCAGGAGGAGCCUCCCUACAUCCACCAGCUCGGCUUCGGAGUCUCGCCGGGAUUCCAGACCUUUGUUUCGUGUCAGGAGCAAAGGCUGACCUACCUGCCCCAGCCCUGGGGGAACUGCCGCUCCACCAGCGACCAGAUGAUCCCGGGGUAUGACACCUACAGCAUCAGCGCCUGCCGCCUACGCUGUGAGACCAGGGAGGUGCUCCGGGAGUGCAACUGCAGGAUGGUGCACAUGCCAGGAACUGCCGAUAUCUGCACUCCCAGUAACAUCAAGUGUGUUGACAAGGCGCUUGCCCUACUCCAGAAAAGCACUGGGGAUACCUGUCCCUGUGAGACACCAUGUAACCUGACCCGCUACGGCAAGGAGCUGUCAAUGGUCAAGAUACCAAGCAAAGGAUCCGCUCGAUACCUGUCCAGGAAAUUUGACAAGACCGAAGAAUACAUCAGAGACAAUUUUCUUGUGUUGGAUAUCUUCUUUGAGGCACUUAACUAUGAAACUAUUGAACAGAAGAAAGCAUACGAUGUCGCAGGUUUACUAGGUGACAUUGGAGGCCAGAUGGGUUUGUUCAUUGGAGCCAGUAUUCUGACAUUCUUGGAAAUAUUGGAUUAUGUUUAUGAGGUAAUCAAGCACAGGCUACAGCGCCUGCUCAGGCCACAGAAGGAGGAGAAGAAACAACAGACAACAACCAUUGCAACAGUGGAUCUGCAAGACAUAAAAGCCAAUAAGGAGUCCAGUGACCUGACCAGAAGUCAUCCUGAAGGAACCUACGCAAAUACAAUUUUACCCAACCACCAUCUCCAUCACCAAGGACACCCUCAUGGAGUGUUUGAGGACUUCGCCUGCUAGAGACAGCGGGCAUCUUUCCACCCUGAUGACAACAAAAGAUGUCCUCUCUGGACUGGAUCGGGCAUCAAAACAGACCCAGUAAUCUCAGUUCUAUACCUUUCUUGCUGUCACCAGUGAAACAUGCUACAGCCAAAGUCGAACACGAAACCUGUGCUGCUAACAGACCACUUGUAUGUGCACAGAUUGGACGCCAAAUUAACUGUCCAGCUGGAGACGCCUACCUUUCGAUUUUCAUCCAUUGGAGAGCUGACCACUCUCCGAGUUCAACGGCAUUCAUUUUGGUACAUGGUCAACACAUGGGAACCAGACAAAGACUGCAUGUCAUCUUGAGUUAUCUUGGUGAAUUUAUUACUCAACCAUAUUGAUUUAUGUACCACUCCUCUUUCUUGUUUGUCACUGACAAUUUCUCAGUACAUUUCUAAUCUACUGAGACAUUUUAAAUUAUUAUACCAUUGUAAAUUGUGUAAUUAUUUGAUGAGAUAUUAUAAUUAGCCCUCUACAUUGUGGUCACAUUGAGAAAAGUUAAUAUUCCAUCUAACAAUUAUAUUGAGAUUUCAGCAAACAAAAUUACAUUAAUCUUUUAGCUCUCAGUUUGAUGAUAGGGCCCAUAUAUUACAUACCACAAAUUUACCAUGUCUGGUCUAGGGUAAAUGUGUAUUGAAUAGUAGCAUUAUAUGUAUAGUGUGUACAUAAGUCCAACCUGAAUACAAAGAGAGGGCACUGUUUUAAAUGGAUAAUUAUCCACUAAUCUCUAACACUCAUUUUUGUAAUUUAUUUAUAUAUUUUAGAGAAGAUUAUUUAGAAAAACUAUAGUUAUUAUGAUUGUAGCAAUCACAUGGACGUCUUGUUUACUAGCAAAACCAGUCAGAAACACUAUGACUGGAAUUGCUUUGCUCAAAGCAACAAACCGCAUAAAUGGUUAAUAUUAUUGUAAUUAUUUUUUAAAUGUACUAACUUCAGUAUGAGUGAAGUUCUAACAAUAAUGGUGUCCAUAUUAGGACAGCAGUCAAAAGUGCAAUGAACAGCGACAAGCUUUGAAUCCUCUUGGCAUUGAUUAAUAAUUUCACAUUUGGGCAUUUCUGUGGAUCCUGUGGUCAUCUCCGACACAAGUCAGUGUCCCUGCCGCUUAAAGCCAGAGCAACAAAUGACAGGGUGAAUUCUGUUGAGCUAAUCCAAUAAUCAUUCCUAUACACUGUGCUGUGGGGAAUGUUUGAAGUUCUUCACUAAUCAGGCUCUCGUUAGUGUGUGCGCACUGUAACAGACUUUACUGAGCACAUUCAAUGGACUACUAGCAAAGUGGCUCUAAUUAAAGUAACCGCCCAGUCUUUCUAGAUAAACUAUUAUGUAUGACUUAUAAUAACUUACAAUAUCAAAUAUAUUGUUUCCUUUCAUAAAAUGGUAUUAUAGUAUGUUAAAAAGCAGGUUUCAGGAAUGGUUUGCACAUACACCCUUACAACAGAAUGGUGUGGGUGUGUACAGGUCAUAAAAAAAUGUAUGUUGGUAGAUUGCUGAUUGGUCAGCUCAUCCUUCUUUAGACUGUUGAUUGUCCAGCUCAAACUCCUUAGAAUUUUUUUUUUUUUAUGUGGUCCAUUUGAGGUGGUGGGUGGGAAGGUUUAGUUACCAAUGUAAGCUUUGGCCACAAAUGACUCAACAUUAUUUGGGUAUGUGUUACCAGAAUAUUAACUUUUACAAAUAUUUUCACUGGGCAGUUACUUUUAAGAAAGGUAAAGGGAAGUAUUUUAUGAAAACUCUGUUGGACGUAAAGUGUCUUACAAAAUAAUUGUUUUAUUUCUACUGCACACGCUUAUGGCAUUAUUAGUGAAUUUACUACAGUUAAGGUUGAUCCAGGACUAAAACAGUUUUUAAGACCAUGUGAAACAACUUCAGUAAAAUACCUAUCUAAGAAAUAACUUAAAGUACUAUCUGACAAUCCACUGUGUAUACAACCUCUGACCGUUUGGCUGGGUAAUCCAUUUUUACCUCAUAUUAGAGCUUAUAUGAUCACAUAAAUAGAUAAAGAUGUUUGAAUACAACAAUUUCUAGAUCAUUUUGUUUGUGAUCUUAAUAUCAGUAAACAUGCUGUAGUCAAAUGCUCUAAGCUGUGCUUUGUUAGACAACUUCACAGUGACAUUACACAUUCAUCAGCGUACAAAGAAUCCACUCUCGUCCAUCAAGUAAUCAUGGGCCAUACAUGGCUUUUAAAUAUUCAUAAUCAUGUGUCACUAUGACAUUUUCAAAGGUUCCCAAUCACGGUCUCUGAUGGUAGCUUAUACUGGCUAUGCAUACCAAGUUUCUCCUCCAUUAAUAACACCAUCUCCACUACAGAUGAGAUGCAGUUGGAUUUGAGGACAAAUUAUUACUGUAAUGCUCUACUUCACUUACGGUUAUCUACAGGCGGUCAAGUAUUUGUAGAUACAGGAAAGCCCAUUCAUCAAAGUAUUUUUACUCUGAUGAUUAGGACAUCCUGUAUAGUGAACUGAUAGCUACUUAUAUAGCCUACAUGGUCUCUCUGUGAAUGGGUGCUGGAAAUAUGAAAAGGUUUUGUUAUGUAAUAUUGGUAAUAUGGGCAAAUUACAACAAAAACAUAUACAUAUAUAUAUAUAACUGUGGAAAUAAACAGUAACUGUGGAGCUGGAGGUGACUUUAAGUCACUCAUAAGAAUAUUUUGUACAUUUUACCAUUUCUAAAUGUGUCACUCUACUCGUAACGUGUCACUUAAUUUCUCUUUGCUUGAUCAAUUUCAAAACAUUGUGUUUCGCAAUACUGUUUGCAUAUUGUAUAUUCACCAAUCAAAACCCAGUUUUCUGUAAUAACAGUUUGUGUAUUGCGACUUUCUAAUUUUGAUCCGAAUGUUCCACAAAUGACAGCAAUAGAGGAUAAUGGUGAAAUGGCAAUGCAGCCAGCCAGCCAGACAUCCAGGGUUGGGAUGAAUUCCAUUUUAAUUCAAUUCAGUAAAUAUAUAAGAAAUUAAUUCAACUCUUCAGUUAGGAAGAUUUAGUAUUUGAAUUGGAACUGAAUUGGUUUACUUGUUGAAUGUACUGUAAUGAUAACAGAAUUGACCCAACCCUGCUGUCAAGGGUCAAAGUUGAAACCAGGAUUAAAGCAAUUCUAUCAAAAGGAACGAAAAAUGGAAACUGACAAUUCACUUCAAUUCACAGUAGAAUGCUGAUUUUGUACAGAAGUCUGCUAUUGUGACUGUUUCUUCUGUUAGAACACAUUUUAUAAAUGUUAAGUACAAGAAAUAUUAAAGUUUAGAUUGGUAAA